AUCCAGCUUCCUAUAAAAUGCCUGGUGGAUUCCUGUUGAAACACAACCUCAGGCUGCACAACUCAAAGGAGCUGCUGACCAAAUCACCUCUGGAAAACCUCACUGGACCAAAUCCCAGCUCUGCUCUCUCUGCAGGUCGGCUGACACACUAAAGACACAACAAGUGAGUUUAUGAGAAGAUGUCUCAAGAAAGAUCGGAACUACAGAAGACUUUGUGUCAGUAUUCAACAGAAACUCUCACUUACAUCGUAGCUGUGAGAGAUUUCUGUAAGAUGUUUUCUGAAUGGAAGAACUGCAGAGAGAAAGAAAUGGAGAAAAUCAGAAAAAUCAAAAAAAGGGCUGAUAAGAUUGACCCUCCUUCCAGCAAGUCAAGCCUUGUGAAACGUAUAAAGAGCAAAUUCCAGUUAAAUAGAGACAGGAAACUUGCAGAGCUGGAGAAGGAGCUGGAUGAAGUGUUGAAAGAAACACUGGAGGGUUUGGAGAAACUCAAAACCUUCUUGGAUGCAGUGGAGAAGCUGGCGGUCACGUCUCUGCAGGUUUUCACUGAGAACCAGAUAUUGUUCCUGCCUGAUGAGAUCAGCUUUGAUGAAGUUCAGGAUUUGAUCAAAUCUGCACAACAGAUCUGCCCUCUGCUACUGGAGUUUAAAAGAGACGCAGCGACUUUCUUUGUUCCCAAAAGACACAAUGUGGAGGUUCUGCUGUACCAGCUGGAAAAACAUGUAAACACCAGCGAGAGAAUAUUUGGAAACCUUUCUGACAGAAUCAACAUUUGUCUUAAAAUAAGAGAGGAUAUUGCUGUUGAAUGUGAUUUAUCUGAUGAUGUCAUGCAAAAAAUGACUGAUCAGGUCAAACAACUUGAUAAAAUCAGGAUGGACGACGACUUUCGGAUGAUGUUCCUGUUCCAGAGGAUCAGCUACUCAGAAUUUGUUAAAAAGUACAAAGAUGAGCUUCCUGAGAUGCUGCAGUUUCUUGAUCAGAUUGAGCAGUGUGCUGUUCAGUUAGACAGUGUGAAUAAGGGAGCAAAGAUCUCCAGUGUGGCUGGGAGCUCAGUGGGAGCUGUGGGAGGUAUCAUGUCCAUUGUUGGCCUGAUUUUAAUUCCAGUUACAUUUGGUGCGUCUGUGGGGUUGACAGUUGCUGGUGCAGCUGUGGCAGGAACCAGUGGAGUGAACAGUGUAGUAACCACUUUAGUAGAAGGUAAAGUUAAUCAUACACAAACACAACAAGCAAAUACAGCCUUUCAAAGAUUCAUGUUUGGUGUUCAAAGAAUCCAGGACUGUCUGGAAGAGGCGGCCAAACCACCAUAUGCUGAAGUUGCACAAAGUAGUGAAGAUGAGCUUCACAUGGCAGGAAAUAAUGCUGCAGAUGGUAUUGAAAAGGCUGGUGAAUUGAUUGUUGAUGCAGCUGUUGUUCCAAAUGCAGGUAAAGUUGCACUACAGGAAGGGAAAGCAUUGAGUACUGUAUCCAGAAUGGCCUCAGAUGUUCCUGAAAUUAGUCAGGCAGCAGUUAAAGGGCCACUUGCUCUUACCAAGAUGGCCAGAGCUUUCUCUAUUGCAGCCAAUGCCCUCUUCCUUGGCAUGAAUAUCUACUUCAUCACUACAGACAGCAAGGCCCUGGCUGAAGGGACAGAGUCUAAGGUCUCUAUGUUCCUCAGAGCCAGAGCUGCUCUGUGGCUCUCAGAGAUAUUGGCCUGGACAAAAAAUCUGCAACUCACUGAGUAGCAGCAAACUGACCACAAAGGAAAUCAGAGAAAUGCUUGAGAAGCCAUUUUAUCCUGUUUAAAAGCAAUCUGUCUAUUAAUGGGUGCAUAAAUAUUUGCUUUGGAGACUCCCUAACAGAAAAACAACAAAAAUAGUUUCAAUUUGUAACCCAGUUUUUCUACAAUAAAGGUAGUUAGACUGUAUUGUGUGAUUAUAUUAGUUUAGAUACAGGUGACUGUUAGUCUCCAUUUCACUAGCAUCUUAUCAAGAUAUUCAUAUUUAAGUUGUGUCUGCACCUUUUACCAGACUAAACCGAUGAGUCGGUCAGUAGCAGCCAUAACCUCCACACCAGUAUAACACCAUCCUGUCCCAGUGAAAAAGGUGAACAACUCUGUUCAAUAACACAUUUCUUGGUGUCACAGCAGGGAAUCAAUUGGCAUUUCUCUGUGUUGUUGUUCUUUCUACAAUUGCACAAAAACCUGUAGAAUUUAUUACUGACAGAAAUUUAAACAAUCUUUAUGAAAUGAUAAU